AUGGCAGCUCAAGCUGAACAUGUAGAUCAAGGAAGAAAGUUGAAAUUGAUUCAAGACAAAUACCAACAAACUAGGAUGCAGCAGAUCAACUCUUUCUGUCUCAUCGUGUUUCUUCAUUUGAUCUUCUUGUCGUCGGGUGUUGAGGCCGUAGAUCGAAUCCUGGCAUCGGCGAGCUUUCCCGCAGACGCGCGAUGGAUGACUUCAUAUCUGAAUGACAUUCCUGCUCCAUACCAAGUUCAAGUGGACAACACAGGCGCCUCGGCUACAGACCGAUCAAAUGACAAUCAACCAUGGUACUUCACUUCUGGCGCGGUCUUUUCUGGCGACAUGUCCGAUGCGUACAACGGACUUCUAUCGUUUCGCUUGAUGCAUGUUCAAAUUGCUGAUAGCAAUGCUGUGAUGAUCAAGUCUCAUCCGAUCGUCAUCCUUAAGGCUACCUGCGGCUAUUCCCUCACUUGGACGCCAAAGUCAUUCCCUUCCACAGACAUGGUCACUGUGAAUUUGAACGAAUACUCCGGAUGGAAGGAUAGUAGGACUGGAAAGGCACCCGACAAUCUUGAUUUUUUGGGUGUUCUAAGCCAUUUGGAGUCAAUCAAGAUCUUGGGGUCAUAUUUCACUAGCGCUGAGACUACUAAGCUUAUGGAUGUAAAGCUGAUUGCUGGGUCAAGAUCCCAGUAUCCAUGCUGCAAUGCUCGCAGUGAGGUCGAUGCUUGCACAACAAAGCCCUCCCAAGAGUUCAACCCACCUAAUCUAGUGUUCUAUUGCGAAGGAAGUCAGAGAAAAUCAGUGAAGAUCUCAAAGAUUUAUCCGAGGUAUUCUCGUCGGACUGGCGGCACCUGGAUUACAGUCACGGGCGAAAACUUUGGGCUAGCUGGAACCAAGCCAAUUGUUCGUAUUGAUGGAAGACAGUGUGAAGCUACGAAGUUUGUUCCCAGCAGAGCACUGGUCCAACUUCCAAGUACCAUCGACGCCUCAACGAUUCUGGCUCCAUUGAACAACAAGCGAGGCAACGCCCUGCUGAAUGCAUGGAUGACUGCUACAGACUCUAUGAAGAAUAUGUACCCCGAGCAUUGCUGGAACGGUAUGAAGGAUGAUGGAACGGACAAAGGAUACAACUAUGGAACGGAGGCAGCACCCAAGUAUAUCAACCAAGGAGAGACUGGGAUUGACACCGGUGGCCCAUGCUUCCCCUCGCACUGCAGCAGCUGCCCAGACUCCUCCAAGUCAUGGUGUGACUCCAACUACCAAAUCAUCGCUGAGUCCAGUGGAACCUGCAAGGGCCGCGGGGACCCCGUGACGGCCUGCAACCAAAACUUCCCAUACCAGCGUUUCCCUUCUCUUUGUCCAGAUAAUCUUGACACUCCUCUGGUCUCCAACGUGGUCUCUACUCUGAGGUCGCAGACUCGGUACAGCACAUCAUCCUUGACCCAGACUGAUAAGUACUUCGACCUCCUGGACAUCCGGAGCACAAACAUCACGGCUCAACUCGCCGCUAUCGACACUUCGAUGACUGUCUUCAGCAUCAUCGACCUGGUCUGCCAGCAUCAGAACACUCCUCUGACUAGAAACUGCCUUGCUGAUGGCACCGCGACCGAGCUCGUACAGAACUUUGUCAAGAUCUUUGACGCCAGCGACUUCACGAAGUACGAGGUGGUUCUGGUGGAGCAGAUCACUGGGGACAACACGAUCAAGGUUUCCAGGGGCAAGGGAGGAACGACUGCUAUCACCUUCACUGCAGGAAGUAAGGUGUAUCAGUGUGGCAAGAACGAGUACUGCGCAACCAGUCAAGACCUGGCCAACAACCGCUACAUCCGAGUAGACGACGAGAUCAUGAAAGUGACAAGUGCUGGCGGCAUCGCCAUGGUGUCUAUCCCCAGCACGACAUGUGGCAGCGGCUACAACGGCUCUACUGCUCUUAUCGUGGAGUGUGUGGCUCCCUGUACCAGCAGGACUCCUCUGACUGGCAGCGUACAAGUCAAUCCCUCAGACAACUCCAUUGCAAGCGUCACCGUCACUGACCCUGGCUCAGGAUACUCCUCUAAAUUCCUCCCCACCAUCACCGUAGCCAACGGAGACGGCUGCACCCUGACGCCUCUCUGGACCUCUGCCAUCGUGAGCCGAGCGCAGGCGCUCACAACCGCUCAAGCGCACGCCAACGUCCCGACAAUCUCCCGCAUGGACUGUAUCGACUCCGAUGAGACCGGAGACAACUGCGGUGGGAGGUGCAAACCCUGCCCGUCGGGUGUCCGCGGCCCCCAGCAGCAGGAUACCGUUCUAUGUCUCACUCCCGAGCUCAAGCAUGGGCUCAACCCGAGUGACCUGGCAGUGACCGUUGAAGCAGCACCAGGACCCACGAACUCCCCCUACCAAGUUCGUAUGAACGAGAUGAAGACCGGCUGGGUGGACAAGUCCUCCUACUCAGUCUCGUGCGUCUCAGAGCAGAACCGAGGGUUCGAGUACGGGGCUCAUGACUUCGUGUGGAGCUCCAGCCUCAAGAGCGACUACGCAGUUGUCGUCACGGGGACGACAGUCGAUGGCAACACGGGAGACACAUACGUUGUCGGGGCGAUGGUGAAGCAAGUGACUAUUGAGGGGAAGCACAUCAUGUCAGCAGAGCAGAUGGGAUCGUUGACUGUCACUACCAGCCUGUCCACCUGCACUCCGACCAUCACCGGAAUCCAUGAUGUUGUCGGGCUGCAAUAUGGCUGUGCUCUCAACGGCUUCAUCGCUCGUUUCUCCAAGUCAGGCAAGGCCAUGUGGCUCAACAAGGUUGAAGCAACAGGGAGCUCUACUACCCCCAUGUCUGUUCUGACUGACGCAGCGUUCGACCCCGCUCGCUCUGAGCUCUACGUAGUUGGUCACUACAGCGACGGCCAGACGGACGGCCAGUAUGCAACGACGCUGAACCUCUACGAUGUGAAUCCAUCUACUCGAACCUCCGCGGCAACGACUACAAACACCAUGGCGAUGGAGACUCUCACGUCCACUAACGGCAUCUACCAGGAAGGCAUCAUCGUCAAGUACGGCAGGGAAGGCAACGUACUGUGGUACAAGAAGAUCGACGCCUCGGUCUUGUCGUCGGGUGCUGGAAUGAUCGUGUCAGACCUCAAGAUUGAGACUUACAAGGCAAGCACUAGCAACAUCAUCAACACCCAGCUGCAUGGCAUCGGCAAGCCUCCCACAGCUCCCACGUCCACCAGCCGAGUCGACAUCAACUAUGACUCCGGCAUUGCCCAGCAGGCAGUCCAGGGAGGCACCGGCACAGUCAGCACGAUCACUCUCGCCUCCACCGCCUCCAGCACCAACAAGUGGUAUAACGGCCUGACCAUCAGGAUCACCAAGGGACCUGGUUACGGUCAGAAGCGAACCAUCUACGAGUACGACGGGACCUCCAAGGUCGCCAAGGUUCAGCCCGACUGGGACCCGCAGCAGCUCCCAACCUCAGCAUCGCAGUACGUCAUUGAGGGAGGCAGGCCGACCUCGUGGGUGUCUGGGAUGCACUGGAGCAACGGAGGCGUGUACGUCAGCGGCAAGAUUCAAACUUUCUGCGGCCAAAACUGCUUCACAAACGCGGACAAGAACGCGACAUACGUUCGGAUGGGAGAAAUGCGUGACGUAUAUCGCGACUCGACGUCCAAGACAACUCCUAAGCACAUUGACGUCAUUCUCUCUCAGGACGACCACCAGAACUUCGUCUCUCAGUUUGACAUGGACGGCAGAGUCUUCUGGACCCGCCUGGUUGGCUCCAACGGCCUCUACGGGCAAGUUGUGAACGGUGCCCUGGCCAGCUUCACAUUUCACAGCAGUCAAACUCUAGAAGACAACAUGUUCGAGGGGGCGCUGGUGACUGUCGUCGCUGGAACGAACAUGGGGGAGACAAGAAUGAUCAGCUCCUUCUCCGCCUCGACCAACAACGUGACUGUUUCCACUGAUUUCAGUGAUCCAUGCGACAGCACUACCAAGUUCAUCAUCUCCAACAAGGGCACUACGGGCACCGUCACCUCCGUCACAGCCCCCAAUACGGCCAUCCUCAGCGGAGACUUCCUGUCGUUCGACGACGCAUACAAGGGCUUCAACAUCAUCUUCUCUAAAGCUGAUGGUACCACUCGAUCCCUCGUACGCAUCGACAGCUACACGGCCAGCACCCAAACCUUCACCUUCAAGGCCUACGGCACCUCCUUCACUGCUGCUGCCAACGACCAGUUCCACAUCCUCGAUGCCGCCACUAUCGCCGCCAUGUCAGUGGCUGACGAUAAAGUUUUCCUCACGGGUCUCGCCACCCAGUCGUACCUCCGCGUUCAGAACUGCUCCUUCGACAGCGCUACCGUCCUCGAGGGCCCACCGGCCAACACUCAGCCCACCCAGGUGUUCGAGUGCGCCAACGUGGGAACCAGUCUCAUGGGCCCGACAACCUACGACCCCAGCAGCGUCGCGCUGGUGGCUCAAGGGUCCAACAAGAGCGACGCCUCGGUUGGGAUGCUGAAGGCGUUCACGGGCUGGGGCAUGUACACUCUUGCUUACAACGGUUCCGGCGCGGCCACGUGGCUGCAGCAGGCGAGCGGCGGGACGAUCCGACCACGAGCGAUCGUAGCAGUUGAGCCAUCGAUCGGAGGAAGAGCGCUCGAGAGUCAGUGGGGAGGAACUCCAGACUCCAGGUCCCUCCCCAGCAGGAACCAGCCUGACGAUGCAUCGCAUGCUCGCGACGUGGGCUCGGAGAAUUUCCCGACGGCUGUGAUCGACGGGAGGUAUGUCUACGUGGCCAGCGAGGUCUACGACUGGAUGAACGCAACAGACUUUGGUAGGACAAGAUUCCCGUUGGAGUGCAGUCGCGGAAAGACGCUCGGCGAGAAGUCGGUCUCGACAGAUCGUCUCCUCGAUGCUCAGUGCGCUGGUCAGGUCGUGGCAAAGGGCUCUUCCUCUUCCUGGCCCGGGUCCCACACAGCCUCCCCUGACAUCGUCCUCGUCCAGUACUCCAUGCAGGAUGGGACUGUCAACCUGAUCCGUCGCACCGGGCAGAUGGACGGGAAGGAGACUGUGACGUCCAUGGCUGCUGACCCCUUGACGGGCUCAGUCUACUUGACUGGUCAGUACUACGUAAAGUCAACGAGCGACGUACAAGGAGGAGAGACGAGGACGGGAGGGGAAGACAUCUUCGACCUUGUGGCUGCUAAGAGGGGGGAGAGUGUGGGCUGUCCCUUGCAGCGAGUCGACGGGACUCUCAGCCUCGGGGAGUCGGGCACCCCCUACUGCAAGUUCUACGCGCAGGCCAAGUCGACAGCAACUGGGACUGGCUAUCUUGUGAAAUUCUCUUUCAACGGCGAUGAAAACAACAGGGGCAACUUGAACCGCCGGCUGGUCCCCUCCAUCACGGGCCACCUGACCGCUAGCAGCUCCCUGCUCUCCUGCCAGGACAAGAACCUGGUCACCGCAGACACCAACGGCCAGACCCAUGUCCUGACAGGAAGCGCGGACUGCAAGACUCACGUCAGCGGCUGCAGCUGCCUGUACCUUGUCAUCCAGUCCAGACUGACCGACGGGGCUGCUGUCUACCAGGACUCUGGGACUGGACCGACGUCCCAGCUCAGCGGCUACAAGAUCAGGAUCACAGCAGGGAGGUCCAAGGGAUACGAGGGUAUCAUAUCCGCCUACAGCGUGUCGUCCAAAGUCUACAACGUGAUUCCCUCCCUCCCCUCAACCGGCGUCGACGAGACUUCACUGUUCCAGCUCUUCCCCUGGAGCGAGUUCACCUCUAGGCUCCACCUGCCCUCCUGCUCCGCCCCCGUCAACGCUGGCUGCGGCGCAUACAACAUCGACUGGGCCAAGACCAUCGGCCGCUCUCUCUCUACGGGCGGCAACACGCAGACGACGGCGCAGACGUCUCCUGUCUCCCUCAGCCUCGUCCAUUCUGACUUACUUGUCGCUGGCACCUUCUCCGGCUUCGUAGGCUCCACUACCACCGGACAAGUCAGCCUUGGCUUCGAAGGCAUCGACGAGGUCGUCGGGUUUGCCAAUCAGAACUCGCAGAUCGGAUCUUUCUUGACAAGACUGGAGGACUGA